AUGUUGAAUAUUGGUGGCUCACGUAUCCUAGCCAUUGAAACAAUCGCAGGAAAAAGUCACUGGAAUUUUAUGAGAUCCAUUUUAAGAACUUUGAGUGAACGAGGACAUCAAGUAACAGUAUUUACACCAUUUCCAGAUGGAAACCGCCCUAACUACACUGAAAUAGAUUUGUCUUUUGAAGUACCUAUAAAAGUUGGAAUGAACGUACAAGAUAUGUUACAAAUAUUUUCUACGUCUACAGGUUUUUUACCAGUACUUCUUAAUAUGACACGUUAUACUUGUGAAAUAAUUUACCAAAAUGUAUACAUGGAAGAAAUCUUAAACGAAAGCCAUAAGUUUAAUUUCGACUUAGUCAUUACCGAACCAAUGUGUUCUUCAUGUGUAGAUUAUGCGGCCGCUAAACUAAAGCUUCCCAUGAUUUACCUUAUGCCAUCGCCUAUGAUAACUUAUAAGGAACGAGAAUUCUAUGGACAUAUACCAAAUCUGGCAACAACUUCUCAUGUAAUGGCUCGGUAUGCAAGGCCCCGCACUUUUUGGGAACGUUUCAGUAAUGUAAAAUUACAUUUAGAAAUUUUAUACGCAUUAGCCACUAAUGAAAAAAAAUUAAAGAAUCUGUAUCCAAUGAAUUUUGAUUAUAUAGAUUCGAUAAGAUCAUCAUUGACAUUUAUUAAUACUCAUUACAUUACCGAGGUUCCUAAUUCUCUUCCACUAGAUGUAGUUCAAGUCGGAGGUAUACACUUAAGUAUACCAAAGCCUAUUCCAAAUGUGAGUACAAUUAAAUUACCCAGCAUUUUAAAUUAUUUUAACAACUAUCAUAUUAAAGUCAAGGCUAAGCAAGUUGAUGAUUUUUCUUAA